AUGAACAUGAACAUGAACCUUACACUACCGGUAUUGGUAGUGGAUACUGAUUGGCAGAAGGGCAAAGAUGGAACGAACCCAGAAAUUAAGUUAUACCCUUCCAAUCGUCGUCUAAUUGUGGGGCCUCGCCAAAUCAAUGUAUAUAAUGGUAAUCUUCUAGAUCGAAAGCUUUCAUUCGAUGAAGACAUUGUAUCCACUUGUUAUACGACAUUCCAUGAUGUGAGCAAUGUUCUAGCUGUAUGUCUACGCAAAGCAGCUCAUUUAUUUUACCCUGACGGCAGAUCAUAUGUGGUAAGCUUCCCCUUUGCCAUCGCAAGAGCUCUCCCAUUUGAGUGUGGUUUAGUGUUGGAGAAGGACCCUCUGGGUACAGUUGGAGAUCUAGAUAGGGGAAGUCAUAACUUGGCAGCAUUAUCAAAAUUCUUAACUGUGGUCGAUCCAAUUGGUACAUUCAAAGCAAUUGCUGCCCUGUCAGUAUCAGUGAUAUCUCCUCAUGAAGAAUUGGUUAUAUUUCCUGAUAGAACCAUCAACAAGAACAGAACUUUAUGUGUUACGUUCAAUGCCCAUGAUAAAUCUAUUAUACUAUAUAAUGUUCGACUGUCUUCUCGUCUAACAAGAAAUGCAAGCACUUAUGGCUCAGGAUCAAAUUCGGCCUCCGGUUCAGGCUCAGGUCCAGCAACAACUGUUUCUGGCCCUUCAAGACAUGCAUCUAUACGGAAAUAUUCACUUUUGGCUCCCCAAAAUAGAUAUGAAGACGAAUCAGAACGUGAUCAAACCCUCAAUUCAAUUAAUAUGGAGAAAAAGCGUACAAGUACUCUUCUUUCCGACGUUUCUUCAAUGGCUAGAAUGCGUUCAGAACCAGGUGUGGUUUCUCAUGAUACAAAACAUGAUCACGGGUUUGAAUAUGGCACUUAUCAAAAGGAUAUGAUUUUGGCUAAAUUGGAAACUUUCAACUUAAAAACCGAUAUAAAUAAUGUUUCAUUGCAUACUAUUUCAUUCGAAGAUCAAGAAGCAAUUAUUCUAGUUGACAGAAUACAUAAAGAAGCAAAAAUUUUCAUAUUCAAGCACCUGAUGAAUGCCCCAUUAUAUCAAGCUUCUUAUAGUUUCCAGUGUAUGGAUUGUAUACCCUUGGAAGAAAGUCAUGUCAUUGUUCUAAAGGAAUCAAACCAAAUAUGCCUUGUUGAUCUAUUUUUAGAUGUUAUGUCACCAAAAGUAACAUUACCAUCCAAUUUCCCUGUCAUAGAACGAUUUGGAAGUUCGGCUGAGUGUAAUGUUACUUUAAUUGAUUCCACUGGAUCGUCACAUUUAUUGCAUUUCAUUAUGCAACCGUCAAGCGAAUUUGUGCUCCGAUGUUUAAGCUGUUUUAAAUAUCUUGCUGGCUCAAGAUUAGAAGAAACUAUUUGGAUGAUGUGGAGAACUGCAUUAAUGUUAGAUAAUUGUAGAAAUGAAUGGAAUGCAUUUGUCAUAACUUUAUUGGCUUUAAUUUUUCCCUUCAAUGACAAACAAGAGAACAUACCCGUCUCCACUUAUGUUCCAAACGAAAUUACCACGUUGUUAGAAAAGGCAAAGUAUAUGGGUGAUGCUUUUAAAGCAGAUUAUAAUAUUCCUGAUAUGAUUCCAUAUAUUGCCCUUGCAUUACAUUUGAUAAGAGAAGAAGCAAGGCUUGAUAUUUUUGCUGCUAAUGAUUUAAUGAGAUUAAAUAUAUUAAUGACCCAACUUUCUACCUGGAUGGGCUGGCCAGAAUCUUGGGUAUCUUAUUAUGGUAUUAAUCUCAAGUCAAUUGAUCAGCAAACAAAGUUUCUACUGGUUCUUGUGCUAGAACGUCCUCCUAACUUAUUAGAGUCUUUGGUAAGUCUUUUUUCCAAUCAAAUUGUUAAGUACUUGACGUUUUCUCAAUUGGUUGAAGAAGGAGAAUCUGCAGAUGAGUUAAUCACUCCCAGAACACAUUACACUCUCAAAUUGUUUGAAAUACUUGUUUCUCCGAGUUAUGGCCCAGGUUACAUAGUUGACAUGAUGUGUGCUUUUGACAUUGAUAUGUCAAACUUGGAAACGUAUCCCCUGGGGAUCUCCAUCCCACUUAAAAAUGCUGUCCUGAGAUGUCAGGAGGAUACUUCUUUUGAAUGGACAGAGAAAUCUUUGGCCAUUACAGGAAGAAAAGAUUUACAAAUGCUCUUCUCUGAUGAUCCAGUUGAAUAUGUGGCUCAUACUAAACAUCAACCCAAACAUUAUCAAAAUAUAAUAAACUUGUUGACAGAUAAAGGCGAUUCAAUGGUAGCUUGGGAUGGUCAAUCUGAAGCUGAUAGAAUUAAUGUUACAAAGUUAAUCUUUGAUAAGGAUAGAAGGUUUUAUGAAAUUACUACUUUACUUCAUCAAACAAGAGUUCAAACGGCCACAUUAGUUCCAGAACACAACAUUUCCGAGUACACUUUGCUUCUUCAACAAAGAAAACUUGCCGUGGUCAUUGCUUCGAGAACAUUGACUAUUCCUAUGGGUAGAGCAGCAUUAUUUUAUGGUAGUAGGAAACCCAUAUUGACUGAAAGAUUUCCUAUACCUAAAUUCAAUCUUAACUGUUUGAUUGCCCCUUCAAUGACCAAUAUAGUAUUAACAGAACAGUCAUUAGAUAAAAACUUACUUGAAUGGGGAUACUUUCAUAGUGGGGUUUCUUCUGGACUAAGCAUUAAUAAAGAUUCGAAUGGAAUUUCAGGUAGUUGGAUUAUUUUCAAUAAGCCGAAUGAGCUUAAUGCUCAACAUGCUGGAUUUCUUUUGGGUAUCGGUUUGAAUGGUCAUCUUAAACGAUUAGAAGAAUGGCAUAUAUAUAAUUAUCUUGGACCCAAACAUCCACUUACGAGUGUUGGUCUUCUUAUUGGUAUGGCAGCAAGCCUGAGAGGAACAAUGGAUAAUAAGCUUACCAAAGUAUUAUCAGUGCAUGCUGUUGCAUUACUUCCUCAAGGUGCCAAUGAUUUAAACGUUCCUGUUGAUGUUCAAACAGCCGGUUUGGUUGGUAUUGGAUUGUUAUAUCUUGAAACUCAACAUAGACGUAUGAGUGAGAUAUUAUUGGCACAAGUAACGAGCUCUGUAUAUCAAAAUGACAGUGAAAUAAUUCAUGAAGGAUACCGAUUUUCAGCUGGGAUAUCGUUGGGCUUGGUGAAUUUAGGAAAAGGAGAUGAUUUAAGUGGGUUGAAUGAUACUCAUGUUGUAGAGAAGUUAUUAUUAUUGGCUACAUCUAUGAAGGAUUAUCAACCAGUUCAAGAAUUGGAUAAAUCUUGUUGUGGGUCGAUUUUGGCACUAGCAUUCAUAUAUUUGAGAACUCAUAAUGUUACAGUGGCAGAGAAACUACGAGUUCCUCAAUCAGAACAAUUCUUGGAUUAUGUUCGGCCUGAUUUGCUUUUAUUGAGGUGUUUAGCAAGAAAUAUGAUCUUAUGGGAUGAGAUUGAAAACACUAUAAGUUGGGUAAAGAGUCAAAUUCCAUCUCCUGUAUGGGCCAAGCAUUCAUCACUUCGAAAACUUGAUAGUGAUCAAGUUGCAUAUUUGAAUUUAUUGGGAGGUGCAUGUUUAUCAAUGGCUAUUAGAAAUGCUUCUAGUGGAGACAUUGUUGCUCGUGACACUAUUCUUUAUUUUAUUGGUGAAUUGAAUAGGUAUACUCAACUUGAACCUACAAAUUAUGAUCAGCGAAUUGUAAUUCGGUGUGGACGGAAUAUCCAAAAUUUACUUGCAUUAAGUGUAUCAAUAGUGAUGGCUGGUAGUGGAGAUUUGGAGACACUUCGACUCCUUCGGAUCAUGUAUCAUGAUGCAAAGGCAAAGAGUUUUGGUAGUUAUAUGGCCAUAAAUAUGGCUCUUGGGUUUUUAUUUCUUGGAGAUGGCCAAUAUGCAUUUGCAAAUAACAAUUUUGCUAUAGCAUGUUUGGUGAUUUCCGUCUAUCCUAUUUUCCCAUCACAAGAGAAUGAGAAUGACAUUCAUCUUCAAGCACUUAGACAUCUUUGGGCUCUUUCAAUUGAACCCAGAUGUCUUGUGGUGAGAGAUGUUGUUACUCAGAAGCCAUUGAAAGUCGCUGUGGAGGUUCGAAUGAAAUCUGGAACGACCAAACUGAUAAUUGCACCCUGUUUGCUACCAAAUAUAGAGGAGAUUUCAGGAGUUGAAACUCUUGAUAAUGAUUAUUUUAAAGUGUCUGUUAAUAAUUUAGAUGGGCAAUUCCGAGACCUUUUCCGAAAGUCUAUGACUGUUUAUGUUUACAAGAGAACCAACUUUGCGAUGCUUAAGCAAUCAGUUAGUGGACUUUUAGCCAAUGAGAGUAAGCAGAUGCAAAUCCGUAAUGGAGAAAUUAAAGUUGAUGGUAUAAUGGAAUGGUUCUCCAAAGGUUCACAUUUUGCAGCAGUUUCGGCUUUCGAAAAGCUGGUGAUGAAUCAUGAUGAUGUUCAAUAUACUAACCAAGGAGAAUGGAGUGAUAUCAAUGGGCUUUCGGUGUUUAACAUCAUUGACACCAAAGUUGAACUACAGAAUAGAGCUAGAAACCCAAGGAGUUUAGAAGAUCUUUGGAACUUAAAGCUCCUAUUUGCUUACACCGAUCAUUUGGGAGCUAGUCAUAUGAAUUAUAUCCUGUAUGAGUUUGUGCAGGGACUCAAACAAGAGAUUUGGAGAGUUCGUCGUAACCAGAUCUGA